GUCAUAACAUACAAAGAGAGAAUUGAAAUCAAGGACAUUUCUCAAGGAAACUUAAAAGAGACUUAAAGCCCUUCAUGAGGUCAAACAAUGGAGAAUUCAUCAUCUUUGCACACAAAACAUAAGCUCUGGACAAUGGAGAUAAAAACUGUCUUCAUCAAUAACAGAUCUAAAGUUGUGAGCUCACUGGAGCUGAUGGGAUGGACUUCCAUCAUGUCACAGAUUGAUCAGCUGCUGGAAAUGAUAUAAAAGCAAGAGAGAAGACCUACAGAUACAUCAGUGAGAUACAUCACACACUCAUCAUGACCUUCACCAUCUUCUCCAUCACCUGUCUUGCCCUGGUGGCCUCUGCUCUGGGUUGUGGAGUCCCUGAGAUUAAACCGCAGACGAUCGGCAGCAGGAUUGUGAACGGACAGAAUGCCAUCUCUGGUUCUUGGCCCUGGCAGGUCUCUCUUCAGAAAGCCAAUGGUUUCCACUUCUGCGGAGGAUCCUUGAUCAACGAGAACUGGGUUCUCACUUCUGCCCAAUGCGCUGUCGUGGUCAACUCUGACCGUGUCAUUCUUGGAGAACAUAAUCGUGGCUCCAAUGAUGAACCCAUCCAGAUAGAGAUAGUUUCCAAGGUCAUCAGGCAUCCUCUCUUUAACAGAGCAACCUUCAACAAUGACAUUGCUCUGCUGAAACUGUCGUCUCCAGUCACAUUCACUCCUCGUAUCUCUCCUGUAUGUCUGCCUGAAUCAAACGCCAGGAUCGUGCCUGGAACCCGCUGCUUCACCACUGGAUGGGGCCAGACUGCUUCUACAUCAAGCCCUCUGGUUCUGCAGCAAACAGUCACACCCAUCAUAAGUCUGGCUUUGUGCAGGCAGACUUGGGGUCAGAACAGAAUCACUGAUGCCAUGAUCUGUGCUGGAUCCACUGGUUCCUCAUCUUGCCAGGGUGAUACUGGUGGUCCUCUGGUGUGUGAGAGUUCAGGGGUUUGGACUCUGGUGGGCUCUGUGUCUCAUGAAAGAAGCACUUGUGACCCCCGUUUCCCUGCAGUCUUCACCAACAUCUCCCAGCUUCGCUCUUGGAUCAACGAGACUAUUUCUUCCAACUAGAUCACCAGUCUGAAUAUUUACUUUCUGUCUUUGAUUCCCUGUUGGUGGUCUUUUUGUUUGUGGGUUUGGGUCAGUCAAUGAGUUCAUUCUGUUUCAGCUGUACAGAUAAUGAAAACCUUUCAAUAAAUGAGAUGAGUUAAAUAAAAUGCAUAAAAAAAGCAUUGAUGCCAUGCAGUCCGUCCUUCAACAUCCAACUUAAAUUCCAAAGUGGGAGAGAAAAGGGUGCCAAGUUUUGUAAAACUGAAAUAGCUUGUUUUUAAGGAAAGAACUCAAGACUUCAAAUGGAAUAGUGUUCAAUACACUCUUAGUCCAUUGUGUCUUGUUGAUGGUUUUUCAGAAACCCACUGCUGAAAUAUGCAGUGUCUG